AACGGCAUUAGUUCCUCACUGAUUUCAGUUCACCAAUCCAAUCUUCAUCCAAGUAAAAGUUAGGGUUUUAUAUUUUACCUAAUCCCUGAAAUCCUAUAACAAAUGAAAGGAUUUAGAUCAAAAUGAAGAGAAGAUCUCACGAAAUUAAUCCCGAAGAUCCAUCUCCAAUUCGAAUUUCAUCCCCUGCAGCUCAGCCCAAAGUUAGGAUCCCUGUAAACCUACCCGAUUCCCGAUCAAAUCGAGCUGAUGGCCCUAAAACUUCCGAGUUUGCGUUUUUCAAGAAACUGAAGAAAGACGCGGGCAAAAGAUUUGAUUCACAUUCAAUGCAGAGGGUCAAAAACCCUACACACAAGUUGAAUUCCAGCGAAUGUUGUAGAGGAGUAGGUAGGUUUAAGACAGAGGCGACCAGAAUAGUUAGGAACAUAUCUAAGUCCUCGGAGGGGACCAACAUUGCUAGAAAUUGCUCUAAGGAUUUUAGGUCCCCAUUGCCUGCCGCAAAGGCUAGCUCUGAGCUGGGAUCAUUGUUGUCUAUUGAAAAAGUCAACUCUAAGGACUCAAGAUCACUGUUGCCUAUUAACAAUGUGACAGAUAUCAGCUUGGAUCCACUCCCCUCUCUGGUUGAUAGAGCAGUGAGUAAUUCAGACGUCAAUUUAAAGAAUGACUUUACGGCUGUUGAGCCUAUAUUCAGCUUAGAAGAUUGGUUAGAGCAGCAUAGUGACAACAAGAAGCCAGGAGGGUCUUAUUCUGAUCAGACGGAGUUAUUUUCUAAAAAGAGACGCAAACUUUUUCAAUGGGCUUGUAACUCAUUUCCUGAGAUAGAGAAACUCCACACCAAGGGGUAUGACGUCAUUUCAACGCUGCUUAGUCGGCUUUUUCCUAGGAGCAAUGAGAAGGAUGGUUACAGAAGUGCAGAGUCUGCACAGUUGGAGAGCAAUACCAAAUCUGAGUUAUUGGCCUGCCCCAGGUCUUCUGUUCCUUCCACUAAACUUGAUAGGCUUCCAACGAGGAAGAACUUAGAAGUUCAAGAUACACUGUCAUACUUGGGAAAUGGUACAUCAUCUUAUUGGCCAGACAUAUUGAGAGAAACCAACAUCUCUAAUAUCGACUCUACAAUCUAUAACAAUCACAGCGCUCUUCAAAAGAAAUUGGAGUUACCUACCUGCAAACUAAGAGAGAAAAAUCUGACCUCAUUCAUUGACAGUGACUCCACUUUAGGCUUUCCAUUUGUGAGACAUGGAUCUUUUCUACCGUUUAUUUCUUCCAAAGAGCCAGAUAAUUUGCUUGACCCAAAUGGAUCUUUACCUGCGAGAGAGAAUCUGUUGCCGCUGCUUGAAUGGGAUUCCUUAUAUGGUACAUCAUCUUACUGGUCAGACAGUUCAACGGAGACUAUGCACUCUAUCUACUCUCCACCAUAUAACAAUGACUGCACCCUUCAAAAUAAUUUAGAGUCACCUAGCUUUGAACUAAGAGAGAAAAAUCUCAACAACUUCAUUGAAGGUGACUCCAGUUUUGGCUUUCCAUUUGUGAGACAUGGAUCUUUUGUACCAUUUAGUUCUUUCAAAGAAUCUGAUGAUUUGCAUGAUCCAAUUGGAUCUUUUCCUGGAAGAGAGCCACGAUUUCCGCUGCUUGAAUGGGAUUCUAUAAACAUGAAUAAAAGGAGCUCAUCAGCUACUUUCCAUAAUACAAAGUGGACCGUAGUUCCUGCAUUACAAUGUCCAUGGGAUCAUCAGCAAAGUCUAAAUAUUCCAUUUAGCUCUUUCAAAAACUUAGAUGAUUCACAAGAUCCAGUUGAAUCUUCUCCUGGAAGAGAGACACAAUUACCGCUGCUCGAGUGGCAUUCUAUAGACGUAAAUGAAAGUAGCUUAUCAUCUACAUGUCCGAAUACAAAUUGGACCUUGAUUCCAGCUGUACAAAGUUCAUUGAACCAUUGGCAAAGUCCAAAUAACUGGUGUGAAUCAUUUGGUGCUCUUGGGUUGUGUUCAGCACCUGUAAUAAGAAAUUAUCCCCGAGAUUUUCAUGCAUUAGUGUCUCCCACCAGUGCCAGUUACGACAAAUAUGAGUUUGGGAGAUCUAUUUUAAACACAGAGGAAGAAAUUGCAGAUUUGCAUCAUCUUCCUUUGACCUUAUCACAUUCAUCGAAGUGCCUUAAUCUCAUUGCAGAUUGUAAUCAUUAUGAAAUUGCAUGUCAAGGCAGUGAGACUAGUGACAUUCUCCCAUCUCUUGAAAAUCACCUUGGCUUCAUGAACAAUGCUUUGGUUGAAGAGAAUAAAACUCCUGAUUAUAGGAGCCUUAUUAACUGCAAUGAAGAUAUGCUAGACAUCCAUGACCAGGUGCAAAGAUCAGGAAACACUGCCAUGGUUAAAACUUGCUCCAACCGCAUGGCCGUAUUCAUCUGUCGCAGAAAAUGCAGGUCGCAGAUAACCAUAAGAGUAAACUCGGAAUAUGGCUCCAUAAUUGUGGCAGUUUCUUCUGUUGAUUGCUCGGAAGCAUGCAGUGGGGAACUGUGA